CCAACUCUUUCCUGCACACCGUGACCUGCACAAUGUUCUUCCCCGCCCGAACCCGCAUCCUCCUCGCGCUCGUCGUGCGCAACGGCGGCGAGCGCCUCGCAGCAACCGCUCCCAUCUCUCGUUCAAGUCGCGGACUACAUUGUACACCCCGCCGCCUCGCCUUGACAACGGGCACGAACACGAGCGAGCCGCAAAAGAAUACCCAGCACACGACGGACUCGUACGCCAAAGACGACGUGGACAGUACACCCCCGCCCUCAGACAGCAGCGUCUACCGCAUCGAUACCACCUCUGACAACGUCUUAAAACCAAACGAGGAUAUUCCUAAUACCGCCAAGAGGAACCUUGCUGAAGGAAGGAGACCUGAGAACACCACCGAAGAAGGGAAGAGGGAAGGAUAUCAGAAUAUCGACAAUACCUACAAGACUGAGGGCGGUCCUGGACUGCGAUAUGGAGGCAAAGAGGAGUGGGCGAAGGAGAAAGGCCCUCAGACAAGCAGCGGUAAUGAAGGACCUGACAACAAGUCGAAGGCAGGAAGACUAUGAUCAAGGCGUUUUUCUUGUGAAGGGUUUGUUCUCGCAAGAGUUGUUCUGCAUAAAUGCAUAACCUUGUACAACACGGACGCUUCAUAUGACCUGUAACAAAAACCUGUAUUUGUAGUUUCAGCGAAAGUUUAUUCAAAUCCAAAUCAUAUUACUAUUACGCAGAUC